CAAGUGUAAGGAAGUCACAAACUACUACAAAAUCAAACCAAAAGCACACCUAACAUCUAAAUUCUAAGAUUAUAUAUUUUCACCAAGAAAAGAUGGACUUUGUGACUUCAAUGUUCAUGCCUGAUUUAACUGACGAAGAUGGAUUACUGUUUUCUGAUUCUUUUCUUCUUUCGCCGUUAAUAGCAUACCAAAACCAUGAUGUUUGCAAUCAAAUCACAGACAAAAAUGGUGGAAGCAAUAAGAAACGAAGUUUGUGUGAUACAUAUGUCGCAAGUGAAGCCAACAAUGGGGAUGAUGAUCGAGAAAGCAAGAAGAUGAAACACAGAGCCAUUGAAAGGCAAAGAAGAUUUGAAGUUUCAUCUCUUUUCAAAAGUCUAAGAUCUCUUUUGCCACUUCAAUAUAUCCAGGGCAAGCGUUCGACAGCAGAUCACGUUUCUCAAGCAGUUAACUAUAUCAAAGACUUACAAAACAAGAUUAAAAAACUCAAUGACAAGAAAGAUCGGUUAAAAAAAUCCUUACCGAGUACACUUACGGCUCAUCCAACUACAGAGGAAUGCACUAGUAGUUUAUCAUCAUCAUUGUCAACAUCGUCAUCGAGAUGCUCAUGUGUAGGGGACAAACACAUUACGGUUAUGGUCAUGCCUUGUUUUGUGGGUAUCGAGAUCAUCAUAAGUUGUUGCCUUGAAAGAAACAAGUCUUGUCUCUCGAUUGCUCUUCAAAUCUUGGCUCAAGAAGAAAGGCUUAGUGUUGUUAGUUGCCUCUCAACUAGGCUGCAACAGAGAUUCGUACACACCAUUGUUUCUCAGGUCGGGAGUGGGAUAAAGAUCAAUAUUUCGGAGCUUAAAGACAAAAUAGUGAAUAUGUAGCCAUAAAGGAACAUGUAGGCGAACUUUAAUGUAUAUUGUAUAUGUGUUAUUAGUUAUUAAGAUCAUGUUCCUUAAGUAUUACGGUUAAAUUGUUGAGUGCCUAGAGUUAAGGCUUUUUUUCAAAAUGCU